AGCGAGGAGGAAGUGCGAGGGAGAAGAGGAAGAUGCGGGGAAGCGAACUCGUUAAUGGCGAAAAAAAUUGGGGGCUUAAUUCGCCUUAAAUUAAUGUAGGGAUUCGGCUUCUAGGGUUUCGUUGCUCGGAUCCCCUUUUACGAUUAGGGUUUCGAUGGCGACGGCGACGAUGGUGACGGCGGCGGGGAUGGCGAUGCUGCUCUACUACGUGCUGAGCCGGAGAAUGGCGCCGAAGGAGGCGGAGGAGGAGCGGAUCGGUGGCGGCGGCGGAGAUCUCUCGAAGCCGGGGCGGGCGCGGCGGCGGCGGGUGGCGCGGAGACCGUCGCAGCCCCCCUCGACGUGGAGGGAGGCGGUGGCAACGCUUGCGGGAACGCUUAGGUUUACCUACUCGGAAACCCUAGGGAAGUGGCCGAUCGGGGAUUUGGCGUUCGGGAUUAAGUAUCUGAUGAGGCGACAAGGCAAUGUGCAUGUUGCAAGUGUAUAUGCUGGAAAUAACUGUGUGCAACUACGAGGCCCAGAUAUAAUGGCUGAGUUGAUUUAUCUUCUGAAAUUAUUAAAUCUAUGCUUUCUCUUCUCAAAGAAGCCAUUCCUAGUGUUCUUGGAGACUGCUGGAUAUUCCCAGGAAGAUGUUCUUAUUCAUGAGCCUAAGGCGGGGCUUUUGAAGCCUGCUUUCACAAUUUUACGCGAUGAGAAUUCCAAGUGUUUUCUCCUUUUGGUUCGAGGCACCCACAGUAUCAAGGAUACACUGACUGCUGUGACUGGUGCUGUGGUUCCUUUCCACCAUUCACUUUUAGAUGAAAGUGGUGUUAGCAAAUUAGUAUUGGGGUAUGCGCAUUGUGGUAUGGUUGUUGCAGCCCGUUGGAUUGCAAAAUGUACUAUUCCAUGUCUCAGGAAUGCAGUUAGUCAAUUUCCAGACUACAAAAUCAAGAUUGUUGGGCAUUCGUUGGGUGGUGGCACUGCUGCUCUCUUAACAUAUAUUCUGCGAGAACACAAAGAAUUCUUUUCAACCACUUGUGUUGCAUUUGCACCAGCUGCUUGCAUGACGUGGGACUUGGCAGAAUCUGGCAAGCAUUUUAUCACCACCAUUAUCAAUGGCACUGAUCUUGUUCCUACAUUCUCCACUGCCUCAAUUGAUGAUCUCCGUUCUGAGGUGACGGCAUCUUCAUGGUUAAACGAUCUCAAGGAUCAAGUGCAACAAACACGUUUCCUAAAUGUCGUCUACCGUUCUGUUUCUAGUGCUCGAGAUAAGGUGGCAGGAGCUGGCACGCUGCUACGUCCCGUCUCCAGCAAAACUCAGGUUGUUAUGAGGCAGGCACAAAAUGUUGCACAGGCUGUCGUUAGGAGCCGAUCAACAUUCUCUUCGUGGUCAUGCAUCGGCGCUCGCCGCCGUUCUGUUGGCUCAGUUGCAAACUCUAAAGAGGAGACAACUACUGAAACCUUGACUCUGCUUCAGCACGGAACCACUGAGGAAUUGGUGGGUGAACUGCAGUUUGAUAUUUCUAGGGUUUCCGACCAUGAGGAAAUUGAUAUUUAUAGGGCUUCCGACCACGAGGAGACAGAGGAAGAAGCACUUCUACAAGAAAGCGUAGUCACUACUGUUUCCACCACCGAAGAAAUCACCGAAGGUGAACUGUGGUUGGAGUUGGAAAAAGAACUUAAACAGCAAGAAGAAGCUAAUUCCCAAGCUCGAGAAGAACAAGCUGCUGCUGCAAAAGAGCAUAUUGAAGAAGAAGCAGCCGCAGUUUUGAAAGCAGUCGACGAAAAGAAAUCCAUCUCCGCAGAUGCCCUAGAAGGGCAACAGUUAUAUCCUCCGGGUAGGAUUAUGCACAUGGUCGCUUUGCCACCGGCGGAUUCCGACCCUAAUGAAAACAUUGUGAUCAAUGAAUGCGACAUCGGUUUAUACGUAACACCGAGAGAGCUUUACAGUAAGAUCCGGCUCUCCAAAACUAUGAUUAACGAUCAUUAUAUGCCUAUGUAUAGGAAGAUGAUGGAACUGCUCAUUGACAAGCUCGCCGUUGAGGAUGAUGGUCGUAAGGAUAGUCAAAUGUGAAUGAUUCGAUAUAAUAUAUUUGCAGGUAAAAGCAACAUGUUGUUGUCCUAACUUCAAACUAACCAGCUUGAUGUAAUAUGUUCAGCUAAUUGAAUUGCAAAUUAAUGAUGAAAUGAAAUGCUAAAUAGUUGUCAAUUCUUGAA